CUCAUCAAGGUGAACGGACGCCCCCUGGAGAUGAUCGAGCCGCGCACGCUGCAGUACAAGUUACUGGAGCCCGUUCUGCUGCUGGGCAAGGAGCGGUUUGCUGGAGUGGAUAUCCGGGUCCGUGUGAAGGGUGGUGGUCAUGUGGCCCAGAUUUAUGCUAUCCGACAGUCCAUCUCCAAAGCCCUGGUGGCUUAUUAUCAGAAGUAUGUGGACGAGGCCUCCAAGAAGGAGAUCAAAGAUAUCCUCAUCCAGUAUGAUCGAACCCUGCUUGUAGCUGAUCCUCGUCGCUGUGAGUCCAAGAAAUUCGGAGGUCCUGGCGCCCGUGCUCGAUACCAGAAAUCCUACCGAUGAGCCCAUCUCAAGGAUCAGGGUUACCUUUGUAAUAAACAUCCCAGAGCUUUAGUG